GUAGUAAUGACGUGUGCUCUCUCUGCGAUCAUAGAAAAAGGCCCAGGCUACUUUCGGUUGAAUACCGAACUCCUGAAUGAUGAAGGGGUGGUAGGAUGGAUCACGAGCAGGAAUGGCAACUGAUCAAACCUCACAGCGAGACGGUAGUAGACUGGGUAGAUGCGGGACUGAGGGUAAUCUCACUGAAGUUGGACUCCUCACAGAUCACAGCAUUCCAACGGAACAAGGAGGAGGCAGAGCUGAAAGCCAGAGUAGAAGAAGCGGAGAAAAUGAUGGGACUGCACCCAGUAUCGGACCUUUUAUGGGCAGAAGAGCGAAAGGAUAGGCUUCAGGAAUGGGGCGGGUGGCAAAUUCGAGAGCAAGAGAGGUGGAUCAAGAUCCUGGAGACCAAGGGCAUCAUCAUUUCCUAUCGAGUGACAAAGGAAACAUUCAGAAAGCUGCUGCCAAAGAACAAGUCAGUUCAGAUGAAAGAGUUGAGGCACCCGCACCAGCUGGGAAGGCCUUUGGCAACCACCAAUGAGGAGAUGUGUAGCUAUGCAAAGGACUAUUUCCAGGACAUCAUGAUGACAAGACGACCAUACGACAAUGUGGACGACAAUAUGGCGGAAGGCUCGGCUCUGUGGAAUAAUUUGACAAUACGCGUCUCAGAAGAAGCAAGGAUCUGGUUGGACAGGCCGGUAACGGAGGAGGAACUGGGCGCCACACUACGCUGUAUGGCUCGGGGAAAGGCGCCGGGGGAUGAUGGGUUGCCUGUGGAAUUCUUUGAAAGCUGUGGAGAAGCCCUAAAGGCCGACUUGGUGGAGAUGUAUAACGCUAUACAGGCUGGAGGACGGUUGGGAAAGUCAAUGACAAGAGGUAUAAUCUCGCUGCUCUUCAAGAAGGGAGAGCGGAACGAGGUUCGAAACUGGCGGCCGAUCUCCCUCUUAAACGUUGUCUACAAGAUCUUGGCUAAAACACUGGCCAACAGGCUUGCAAAUUAUCUGCCAUGCAUUGUCCACCGGGAUCAGGGCGCUUUCGUGCUGGGUCGGUCAAUUUUCGAGAAUGUGGUGAUCGCCAUAGAGGCUCUAAAACUGAUUGAGAAGGAGGAAAGCAACACUGCAGUUCUGCUGCUGGAUCUUGAGAAAGCCUAAGACAAAGUGAAUUGGACAUUUGUCCUAACCACCCUGCGUUGGUGGGGAUUCGGGGAAGCCUUUUGUCAA